CCGUGCCGUGCCGCGCCGCGCCGGUGCGGGCGAUGGAGGAGCUGUUUGCCCGCAUCGAGGCCCUGGAGCGGCGGCUGGAGCGGGCGGAGGCUGCGCUGAGGGACAGGGAAGCCUGGGGACUGCGGUUGCCCUCGCUGCCGGUGACUUUCAGGGAUGUCUUUGUGGAGUUCAGCAGGGACGAGUGGGCCCUCCUGGAUGAUGAGCAGAAGGAGCUGCAUCGGAGCGUGAUGCAGAGCAACUGUGAAAUGCUGGUGUCCCUGUACUGUGACCUAGCCAAGCCUGAAGUCUUAUUGCAGAUGGAAAGAGGAGAGCCAUGCGUACCAGCAGAGCCAGACCUGGAGGGCACAGCAGUGUCCCUGAAGCCAGCUGCAGAGCCCGACAGUCCUGGCUGUGUGAGUGGUGAAGCCCUGCUGCAGGUGGAGACAGAGCCUAAGGGGAGAUGCGGGAACCCGGAGGACAGCAGGAGCCCAUCGGAUGCACCUGACAGCAGUGCACAUGAGUGUCUGGCGAGUCCACCAAAGCGAGGAACCCUGAGCCCUGGCUGUGUCUCACCCGAGGUCAUAAUCCCCACCUCUGCCCUUGUAGCACAUGUUCCUCAGGAAGCCAUAGGAGCUCCAGCAGACCUUAGCCACCUGGCUGCGUCCCCUCCCUGUCCCAUCCCCACGUGCUGCCAGGAAGUGCUGACCCUGAGCCUGCCUCCAUCUCUUCCCCCUGCAGCAGCAGGUGCCGAGGUGGGGAUCCCAGGAGAGGUCCUGCAGGAGCGGAUCGGUGCCGAGGAGGGUCUGCAAAAGGAGGACUUGAAAGGUGCAGGGAACAGUGGCCAGUAUCUGGCAGCAGGUGCUCCUGAAGAGCCGAGCAGGGAGGAGAUGCCAGACCUUUUCCAAACAGCAGCACACGAGGAGCCCAGCGGCUCGGCUGAUCUGCUGGGGAAGCCAGAGAAGAGCGUGGGCAGAACCGCUGCCUGCCAGCGAAACUCCUCCCGAGAGAAGUUCUACCGGUGCGUGGUGUGCGGGAAGAACUUCCUGCUCAAGAUCAACCUCAUCAUCCACCAGAAGAGCCACAGCAACUGGCUGCCGUACGUCUGCAUCGAAUGCAACCAGGCCUUCAUGUCCAAAAAGAAAAUUCGGCGUCACCUGCGGAUCCGGGCGGCCACGGGGUUCUGCCCGCCCUCCGACACCCCGGGGGGCUCCAGCCUGGCGCCCUGCAGGGCCGCGCAGCCCCACACCCAGGUCAGCAGCACCAGGGAGCAGUGGGAGAAGCCCAACCCCAAGCGGUUCCCAUUGUCUCCUCAGAAAAUUACAUACACGUGUACCGAAUGCAUGGAGAGCUUCUCCAGCCAGAACGUUCUGGUGCUGCACCAGAGGACGCACGCUGACCGGCAUCUCUUCACCGUGUCUCUGCUGCAAUAGGAGCUUUGUCUGGGUCUCCGAUUUCGUCCGCCACAGCCAGAGCGACGCGGGCAGGAAGGGUUACUGGUGCAGCGAGUGCCGGAAAGCCUACAAGCGGCUCCACCGCCCACGAGGGCACCAGAAGACUGACGUGAGAAGGGAGAGCCCACAUGAGUGCAGCAGCAAACUGCCUCUGCACACUGAGCCCGUGUAGGUGAGGGUGGGAGGGGGCAGUUCUGGGGAUCGGGCUGCUGCCGGCGCUUCUCCUCUCUCCAUCCUGCACGGUGGGCUCUGCGCGCUGUGGCUGGAGCUCAUCCCACCCUGCCCGGCAUCCGUGGCUGCGUGCUCCUCUUCCGAAGGGUGGGAGGAGCGGCGGUGAGGAGCUGCUUUGGGGCUCUGGCUGUGGGAAUCAGGUUCCUCCCCACGGCUGCGUGUGGUUCCGCUGUGCUGCUGCUGGGAAACCUCCAGCUUUGUUACCUUUGUACGGACAGCCUCCAGCACAUCCGUGUCCCACUGCGGCGUCCCGUGUCUGUGCCCUUCACGGAGCUCCUGCAGGUCCUGCUGCUGGCCAGGGGUCUGCCCCUGCCUGGCCGCCAAGCUGGGGGCAUUUUAGAGCCACAGGAGAAGAAUUUGGGGGUAAAAUGGUGGAAUUGGAGGGAGCGCUGGUAGGCAGCGAGGGUGGGUUGUGUUGGAAAAUAACGUGGGGAGGGGUCCCGCUUCGCUGUGCCUUUAUGAUGGGGGCCGCGCCGUGGGGCAGGCCGGUCAGUUGGUUAAUUAAAGCAGUCCUGGGAAUUCAGUGGUUCUGCGAACGUCUGUGGGGCUUUUGGGGACCGAGAGGUGCGGGGAUGUGGAGCGUGGGGGGGUCCGCGAUCGGCGGAGCGGCCGGAGCUGGG